ACACUUAAAAUUCAUUCCCAUUACCGUAAUUUAUUAACGACUACCAAACGAGCCGUCAAUGCAUUUCAACUAGUGUGAGAACUGAGUUGCUCUUUCUCCUUCCUCAGUAAACUCUGCGAUGGCCUGCAAUGGUGUCGACGACGAAACAUCUUCCGAAUUUGUUAUACCCCCUCCAUGUAGUGAGAAAAAUGAUGGUCAGAAAGGUUCUGGACAUGGUGAUCCAGUGGUUGACAAUGAGGGUGAUAAUGAGGAUGAGAGAGUAGUUUAUGAGCCCAAAGUGGAUUUGGUUUUCAGUUCAAUGACUGAGGUAGGGGAGUUUUAUAAGCGUUAUGCGAAGGCAAUGGGUUUUGGUGUUACAAUAGUCCAGGGAGCAUAUACUGCUGCUGGUGAAAGGCGUUCAUCAACAUGGCGAUGUGAAUGCUAUGGUUAUCCAGACAUGAAGCCUAAUAAGAAGUCUAAAUGGAAAGCAAAGCAUCAACAAGAUUUAGAUGACUUAUCUCAGUUGGGGAACCCUAGAAGGAGGUUGUCCAAGAAAGUUGGCUGCACGGCAAUGAUUUAUGCUAGUUGGAACGAGGCACGUAAUUGGCAAAUAAGGAAAGUUGUAUUGGAGCAUGCAAAUCAUCAACCGAAGCCUAGUCAAGCAAUGUUGGUCAAGGAGUAUCGCAUGCAGAACAUGACAAGUAGUGUGAAAAGGAAACUUGUUAGUGACAAUGUUGUGGGUGCUUCGGGUAUAAACUGAUUGAUCUGAAUGGACUCUGAAUUUUUAGGACUCCUCAUCCACCAAGGGCGCUGUUGUUAAAGCGCUUGGACAUGUUUUACGGGUCAGGAACAUUUGCUGCGAAAGGUUGUGUGCACAAACUUGUAACUUCGAUGUGUUUGUAACUUGAGAUUCUUGUUUCUUUGUGUUUCUUCUGGUGUUUGUUUUCUCUGAAUAUAAUUUUUGUUUAAAAUUUGAAAGGGUCCAAAUGUUAUUUGCAACGUUGAACUUUUGGGUUUGUCUUUUAGGUUCUCAUGCAACCAAGUAAGAUGGGUAUUGGGUUUGCCGAAGGGUGUCAGUCCAAUCCCUUCAUUGUUCCAAUCGGUGGAAGACUAUAGUAAGGUAAUGGAAAUAUGGUCAAGUUUGAAGCAAUGUUGAUAGUCGUUCUGGUAAAGUUGUUAUGCGAAGAGGGCUUCCUGUGACACAAGCAGUGGUUGAGAGGCUGCAGUCUAAGUUUGACGACGAUAAAAUUGUUGAGUUUAAGAUGUUGUUCUUGUUGGUUGCUCUUGACAUGGUUUUGUGUCCAACCCAUUGUAGCCGUUUUCCUAAGGAACUGCUGCCGGCUUUGGCAUGUGCUUCAUCCCCACGCAAGUUCAAUUGGUGUCCUUUAGUUUUGGAAAGGCUGAUGGCUAGUGCAAAGCCUUUCGGUGAUCGCUUUUAUUCAGAAGGAUUUGCCGGUGGUUGUGGUGGUUGCACCUUGUUUGUAGUGCAAAAUGGAGUGCAUUGGGGAAAACGUCCUCGUGUUAAGGCGUGGAACGAUGUCGAGAUCAGGAAGGCCUGCAAAGCCGAUAGGCCUAAUGAUGAUGGUGAUUUUGGUUGUCUUGGGGUAAUCGAUGUAGCUUAUGGUGAGGAGCAUCCGCUUGAUGCUCGUGAUGCUGAUUGUUCUUCGGGCGAAGACAGUGACUGUGAUGUGUGACAAAUUGAUGGUCAAUCUCCUGAUGUAGCAGCUGAUUAUGAGAAAUAACUGUGAAAUGUGUAACAACAUUGUCUACAAUAGAACAGGCAUCUUUUAUGCAUAAUAAGUUUCCUUACAUGCAGAUUUGUAAUUUGUAAUUUGUAAUUCUAUGAGUGUUGAUAGUGGUCAUAAUUUGUAGCCAAUGUUUCCCUAUAUGCGGAUUCGAAGUUGUAAUUCUAUGAGUCAUGAGUGUGGAUAUUGUUAAUAAUCUGUAUCCAAUGCGUAAGUAGUGAUUGCUACAGGUUUUAAUGUAGUCAUUAGUGAAAUAAACUUGUUGAAUCAUGGUGCAUAUCUUAAUGUCAA